UUAUACAGAAGACCAAAGGAAAGAGAAGCUACCUACUACGAAAACUGACCUAAACACAUACACAAAACUCAACAAUAGACACACAGCAAAGACGUCUCUCUAUCUCUUUGCUCUUAUCUCCAUCUGGGUUUUUCAAAAAUUUUCGUUUCUAAGAUGCAGUUACGUUGGAUGGCAUGGUAUAAUAGACCGAUGAUUGUUCUACUGUCAUAACCUGGAGCUGGUUGGUUUAUGCUUUGAAUUUUCAAUAAGUUUCUGUUAAUUGGAUCUACGUUUCUUUUCUGGGAGGAAAGUGCAUAUCAUGUGCUUCUGGGUUUUUGUGUAAUUAAUAGUAUGGCCUUUGAACGUUUUCGUGGGAGGGGGCGCCAACUGAAUGCCUCCGACAUUGAGGAUGUUCAGUUGAAUACCAAUUGGAAUGAUGUGAUUUGCCCAAUAUGCUUGGAUUUCCCUCACAAUGGUGUACUUCUCCAAUGUUCAUCUUAUGAAAAAGGAUGUCGUGCUUUUGUGUGUGACACAGAUCAUUUGCACUCAAAUUGUUUGGACCGUUUCAAAAAUGCCUAUGGUAUGUCACCCCCAUCAACUUCUGAUGUAAACCCCACGACAGACAUUCAACCAGUGGCAUCAGAGGGUAGUUGCAGACCAGCUUGUCCCUUGUGUAGAGGUGAAGUCACAGGGUGGGUGGUUGUUGAUAAGGUCCGUACAAUUCUGAAUGAGAAGAAGCGUGGUUGUGAGGAGGACCGAUGUUCUUUUACUGGAACCUACAUGGAACUACAAAAACAUGCUCAACUAGAGCACCCCCAUUCCCGUCCUUCAAAAAUUGAUCCUGCUCGGCAGCUUGAUUGGGAAAAUUUCCAGCAGUCGUCUGAGAUCAUUGAUGUUUUGAGCACAAUCCAUUCAGAAGUACCACGUGGGGUGGUUUUGGGAGACUAUGUUAUUGAAUAUGGGGAUGAUGACACCGGAGAUGAAUUUGAAGACUUCCCUGGUGAUGAGGGCAACUGGUGGACCUCCUGCAUCUUGUAUCAGGUAUUUGAUAACUUAAGGAAUGCUAGAAACAGAAGGAGAUCAAGAGUCAGUGAUACUAGAAGAGGAAGUCGCCGCCUGAGUUAUGAUACUUCUAACUCUGAUGAAGGUUCCGUGACGUCUGUAGAAUUUGCAGAGUAUAGAAUAGAUGAGACAGAUGAUGAGUUUGUGAGUACAAGUGGCCCUUCCAGAGGUAGCUCUGGUUAUCGCAGUUCACGGAGACGUCGAUCCCGCUUCUAUGACAAUUAGUGCCAGAAUAGAAAAAUGAAAGCAAAUGAUCAAAAGAGAAGGGUUUCGUGAUGAUGAUCCUUGGGAGUAGAAAGCACUACUGGGAUACUAAAUCCAAUUAGCAUUCAAACAUGUAAAAGCUACAUCUGUGACAUAUUCUGUUACAUAUUUGUGCUGGACAUGAAUUUCAAACUCUAGAAUUCCAAGUGGUUCUGCUUUGACCACUUCUGUUUCCGAAAUCUUCUUGCUUUUAUGUUUGCUUAGAUACUAAUUUGUCUCUAACCAUUUUGUUCACAUUAUUCGGUUUAUAAACUUUUAGAACUUUAUACA